CUUGAGGGUUCUUCAUUCAUCACUUAUUUUCCCACACAUGUAUUCCCAAGCUCUAAACAGAAAGGUUGAUAGGUAGGAUUCUGAGAAAUUAAACAAGAAAACAAAUGGGUUCUCACAACGCAGAAGAAGAGAGUAGUAUUAUAGAGCAGCCAUUGUUGAAGAAGGAGUAUCAUGAGAACUGUCCAGGUUGUAAGGUGGAUAAAGCCAAAGAGACCAAUAGAGGAGUGCCUGUCCGCCAUCUUUUCACUAUAUGGAUGGUUGUGUUAUGCACCACUCUGCCUAUAUCAUCUCUCUUUCCUUUCCUCUAUUUCAUGGUAAGGGAUUUCAAAAUUGCUGAAUCAGAGGAAGAUAUUGGAGGCUAUGCCGGUUAUGUGGGAUCUGCUUUCAUGCUUGGGAGAUCUUUGACAUCAGUAGUGUGGGGAAUGAUAUCGGAUCGAUAUGGUCGAAAACCUGUCAUAAUCAUAGGGGUUUUGACAGUUGUCAUUUUCAACACACUGUUUGGCCUUAGCACGAGCUUUUGGAUGGCUGUUAUUAUGAGAUUUCUUCUUGGAGGCUUAAAUGGCUUGCUUGGACCAAUGAAGGCUUAUGCUACUGAAAUUUUCCGAGAAGAGCAUCAAUCGCUAGGACUCUCAACUGUGAGUGCAUCUUGGGGCAUAGGUUUAAUUAUUGGCCCAGCAUUGGGAGGUUAUUUGGCUCAGCCAGUAGAGAAAUAUCCAAAUAUAUUUCCCAAAAACUCCUUUUGGGAUAAGUUUCCAUACUUCUUGCCCUGCUUCAUAAUCUCAGUUUUUGCACUAGCAGUGAUGUUUGGCAGCAUUUGGAUCCCUGAAACCCUACACAACCAUAUAGUUGGUGAUGAUUCUACUGAUGAAACUGAAGCUUUAGAGAAUGGAAGCAGUGAAGCUAAUAACAAAGACAAGAGAAACCAAAAGGAAGAAAAUCUUCUCAUGAAUUGGCCUUUGAUGUCAUCUAUCAUUGCUUACUGUGUUUUCUCACUUCAUGAUAUUGCUUUUCAAGAGGUUUUCUCAUUAUGGGCUGUGAGUCCGAAAAGGCUUGGAGGUUUGACAUUUUCAACUGAUGAUGUUGGUGAUGUUCUUGCAAUAUCUGGUGUGGCAUUAAUCAUCUAUCAACUCACUCUAUACCCGUCUGUGGAGAGAAUUUGUGGACCUCUCAGUAUAGCUCGGAUAUCGGCGGCUCUAUCCAUACCAUUGUUGCAAAGCUUCCCCUACAUAGCAAUGUUGUCAGGCUUCACACUGUACUUAGUACUAAACGUUGCUUCUAUUGCAAAGAAUCUCCUCUCUGUGACAAUCACAACUGGCUUAUUCCUUCUACAAAACAGAGCAGUGGAACAACACCAAAGAGGAGCAGCAAAUGGAAUUUCUAUGACAGGAAUGUCAAUAUUUAAAGCAAUAGGUCCUGCUGCAGGAGGAGCAAUAUUAACAUGGUCACAGAAGAGAAUGGGUGCUUCUUUCCUCCCAGGUCCCCAUAUGGUAUUCUUUGCCCUGAAUUUAGUUGAAGGAAUCGGACUGCUUAUGAUGUUCAAACCAUUUCUGGGAGAGAAAAAGAAGAAACCUUCACAACAGCUAUACUGAUAAGACCAGAUUUUGCACAAAAGGCUUGAAGCAUUCUACCAAGUUCUGAGAUCACACAAAAGACAUAAAUGCCUGCUUCUAAUUGAUGGAGCAAUAAUAUGUUAUAUUAUAUAUGUAACUUGAAUUUUUCUUUGUCAUUAUGACAAAUAAUGAUGAUAAUAAGAAGAAAAAGAAGAUGGAGAAAAAGAAGGCAAGAAAUAUGGAAGAGAAACAGUCAUAUGCUAUUGUACUA